AUGGUGCACGCGACUGAAACCAACGGUCACUCGCCCGACGGGUGGAACGGCUCCUACAUGAACAGCAAGGAUCCCUACGCAUUGAUGAGGGACUGCAAUGCCAACUCCAGGCUCACGGCGCAGCACUACCUCUGGAAAGACCUACUCGGUUUCCUUUCGCACCCUGACAUUCCCGUUGCCGACCGAGACUUGAAGGUUGCCGAUGUGGCCACCGGGAAUGGAAUCUGGCUCCAAGACUUCGGCCGUGACAAGCCCGACUCUGUUGACCUCCAUGGGUUCGACAUAAGCCUGGACCAGGUCGUUGCAGAGCCAUGGCUCCCUGAGAAUGUGCACAUGCACACGUGGAACUUGUUCGAGGAACCUCCUGCCGAGUUUGUAGGCUACUUUGACGUGGUGCACGUUCGUCUCAUCACCGUCGUCAUCAGGAAUGACGAUCCCCGGCCCGUGCUCGAGAACCUCACGAAGCUCCUCAAGUCGGGGGGCUACCUGCAAUGGGACGAGGUGGAUACUAUUCAUUGCCAGAUCAAGACCGUCCCAGGUAUUACAUCGGCGCCCAACUUGGACAGAUUGUUCUCCCAGCUCAAGGGACGUGAUACGUAA